GACGACAGCGACAACGACGAAGACAGCGACGACGACGACGACGACGAAGACGACGUAGCGAAGAGACGAGAACGACACGGGCUGACCUUCUCGGCGUUGCUCUCGACCUGAUGGUGUGCAGGCGGACCUCCUCGUCGCCGCCGUGCUCCUGAUACGCCCUCUCGUUUUCCCGCCCCCAGCCUGCUGGAAUCUGCCCCUUCAACCUCCGCCGGAGCGUCUCGCUCGCCCUCUGCUCCUCCUUGCGCCCGCCUCUCUGAGGCCGAAGACCGUCGAGGGAGUCUGUCGUGCGGCCGCUGGAGCCCCGUCUGCGCUGGAUAUCUCGCUUUUUUGGUCGCCGUGGGGGUCACUUUGCUCCGGAAGUAUACUGUUGUUAGGGUUCCGUGGGGAUUAGCCCGGCCGUAUUAUCGCGUCGAUACACGCCGGAUAUCAGCAGAGUCUGCCUCUGUCGCGUGUUUCCCUGGUGCCCUCACAGUUCUGCUCGGUCUCCCAGGCGCCGUGGUCAAUCGGAAAUGAUGAUGGCGCAGCCGUUCCCUGCUCCUCAAGUCGGCAUGGCGCACCAUCCGGGCAUGGUGCAAAAUCACCCAAUGGCCCCCGGCCAGCAUCCGGCUGCCGCGCAUCUCGCUGCCCAGGCACCUGGCGGAGGCAUGAUGCAGCAGGUCCAUGCCGGUGUUUCUGCGCCGGGAGCUCCCCAGGCCUCUCAGCCGGGCCCAAUGGCUGCUGGCAUGCAGCCCGUUUCGGGACCGGGAGGCCCAGGUCCCAACGCUCACACUCUCUCCCAUCUCGGACCCGCUCACUCCCACCAGAUGUUCCAGUCUCCCCAUCUGGCUCAGAACUUACAGCAGGCCCAGCAGCAGCAACAACACGUUCAACAGGCCCAGCAGCAACAGCAGGCCCAGCAACAGCAACAACAGCAGCAGCAGACCGGCCAGCCGCAGCCGCAGCCGCAGCCGCAGCCUCAGCAUGCUGGAAUCCCAGCCUCCAUGCCUAACGGGACCCAGGCGGUCACUUCUGCCCACAUGGCCGUCGCCCAGGCUGGCAACCCGGUCAUGCACCCGGGCAACCUACCUCCACACAUCCAACAACAGCUCCAGGCUCAAAAUCAUCAUAACCAGGCUCCAAAUCUGCAUCAGCAACAGCAGCACCUCUUUGCUAUGCAGAUGGCUCAUCAAAAUAGUGCGGCUGCCCAGGCUCAGGCCCAGGCCCAGGCCCAAGCUCAAGCCCAGGCUCAACAACAAAACGCACAGCAAAGGACCACCCAGGCACAAGCAAUGCAUGAUUCCCAAGGUGGUACUCCCCAUCCACAGCCACAGCAUCAACAACCUCCGGGAACCAGUGCUCCUUCUCAGCAACCGGGGAUACCUCCAACCUCACAGGCCGGCCCUCAGCAGCAACAGCAGCAAUCACAGCAGGGACCCACUCCACAGCCUACCCCGGGCCAACAUGUAGGCCCGCCACAGCAGCUUGCCGGUCCAGAGGGGCAAAUGCGAAUGGCCCAGCAGCAGGCUGCAAUGCAGCAGAUGAUGAUGCAGCAGCGCAUGCCAAACCCCAUGAAGGGUUCAUCCAUAUUUAGACUAUUCUCCUUUGCAGAGAAUCUCAGUGGCUAUUCUAAUCGCAAUCCUGCACCGGGAUUGCCAUAUUGGCAGAAUUUUGUAGAACAGUUCUAUGCUCCAAACGGGGUUCUACGCCUGGUUGUUUUCAAUGCUCAACGUGGGACGAAACAGUUUGAGAUCUCGACGCCUGCUCUGGCUCGGUACUACUGGACACAGUUCACCAGCGGGAUAAAACAAAUCCAGAUGAUUGUUGAAAAUGUGGCGGAAAAGGACCUACCUACUGGUGGCCAGAUUGUAGAAAGCCAAAAGACCUCGUUCAUAUACUGGUUUGAAAAUGGAUGCCAGCUUGUUUCUACCGGAACUCUGGUAGCCCAAUAUGGCCCAACGGGCAAGAUAGAACUUUUGGAUAUCGGCACAGGCGGCCAUACCGAAUAUAUACCUCGUCACCAAUUGCAACCUCCACCAUCCCCAGAACAGAAGCAAAGCCCGAGGAUGAGCAAACCCAUGACCAAACGGCAGAAACUCUCCGCUACCCCGUCCGUGGCCAUACCGGAUUCCAUGGUCACAGACGACGGCGUGCCCGUGGCAGUCAUGAGCUUCUUAGAGGUCGGUUGCCUCCGUACCUUUCAAGCAGGAAAUGAAAGCUGACUUUAGUUUGUAGGUCGCUGAAAUCAUAUCUCAAAUGCAAUACCUCUUUCAAUACUCCCUACAAAACCCUCACCUAUCCCCUCCAGAUGCCCUUCACCAACUCGUCAGCACAUUCUCUCAGCAAAACCCAGCUCUCGGCGUUAACUCUAUGCCACCUGGCCAACGCACUCCAGGUGUCAACGGUACUAAUAACCAAUUCGCCUCUCCUGCAGUCGGCCACUUGGGCAUCCCCGGUGUCCAGGGAUCCCCCCACAUAGGCGGGCCAACUCAUACGCCCAGCCCAGCCCAAAACCCUGUUGCCGGUCCCGUAGCCAUGGCAGCCCAGCAGAGUCAGCAAGGCACCAACACCAGUGGUAGCCAAGGCACCAGUGCCAACACCAGUCCAAACGUGAACAAUAAACGUCGUCGAGCGAGCACAGUAAAGACGGAAGGGGAUGACAAUGCAUCUUCCAUGGAUGCCAACAAUGCUACACAGGGGAACGCUAAUAAAGUGAAAGCCAGUCCGAGAGUCGGUGGUAAGAGACAGAAAGGAACCAGUUGAUCCUAAUUGACUGAGCCGGAUUUAUCCCCACCAAUUUACCAAAACUAUAUAAAAAAACUUCCACCGACUGGCUGAUGAACCCCCGAGCUUGCCGUGCUAUGUACCGUGCUCCCACCUCCAUCUCGACGCUAACCAUCCCCUCCUCUUCCUACCUAUCGGCAUCAUCUCGAUUUGUGAAACUAUUGUCCUUUCCGUCAAUACAACCUGAAUAUCUCAGCUGUCCGCUCUCCUCCCUUUCACUGCCUAUUUUCGCAACUCCCUGUCUGGCGCUUACUGUUCUUCUACCUGCUCAUCGUCCUUGUUCUGGGAGCUCUUCGUUCAUCAUUUUACAUCUGCUUGGUCUACUGGCUUAUGAAUCCUCUCCUCUAUCUCGUUUUUUCUUCAUGCUCCCUACCAUAUGUCUUAACCUACCUUAUCUUGUUCUAUUCUGUUUCCUAACAGAAGGUGUUUUGGAGUCAGCGUUUUGCGUCUUUUACUCUGCUUUUCUAAACUUGCCAUAUCUCUUUCUUGCUCGGCCUUCUUGGACUUUGUGCUUUUCUGCUGUUUGGAUAUGCCGUGGCCGCGCCGUGUGAUGGAUGCAUGAUAUGCUCGCCCGCUUGAUUGCUUACCUUCUUGCUUGCCUUUACGUACCCCCUUUUUGAUCCCCUUUUUUUUUUUGGAGUAGACGGCGAGGCGACGGUGAUGA